AUGAACAGUGCGCUGCCCGUCCUCUCCUCCGCUCACCCUGCCGCCGGAGCUGCCAACUCGCGCCGGCUUCCCUCUCCGGCCCUCCACGCGGCCUCGACGGGAUAUGCUGACAACAACCGGGGCCUAGUCAGCCGCAGUGCUGCAAAUGCAAGCAAAGUAUGCGCCUUCCCAGGCGAGGACACGGACACCGCCGCCGUGGAGGUCCAAGGAAGCAGCAGAUGGAAACCAGCUCUGUGCGUGAUUCUUGUGGAGCUGUUCAACACAGGGACUAUACUGCUAGGCAAGGUCGCACUUGAUGGUGGCAUGUUUGUCUUCUCCUUGCUGUGUUAUCGAAGUAUGCUUGCUGCUAUUUUCAUCAUGCCGUUUGCUCUAUUCUUCGAAAGUGGGAAGUGGAGGGAAUUGGAUAUCAAGACUCUUGGGUGGCUCUUCAUCAAUGCUUUUGUCGGAUAUUCGUUGCCCAUGGCUUUGUACUACUAUGGAUUACGGGACACACCUGCCUCCUAUGCUGUGAUCUUCUCAAGUUUGACUCCACUUUUCACCUUUAUCUUGUCCAUAAUACUUGGCAUGGAGAAGUUGCGCCUAAAAUCCAAGGUCGGCAGUGCGAAAGUGAUUGGAGCACUGGUUUGUUUUGGUGGGGCUCUACUAAUAAGUCUUUACAAAGGAAAAGAAUUGCAUCUCUGGUCUCCAAUUAUAAGAGUGACACCAAAAGAUUCUAAUGGAGCUUCUGGAAAGCAUCAUUUGAGGGGCACCUUGAUUUUGUUUGGUGCUUUCAGCAGCUAUGCACUUUGGUACCCUAUACAGGUGAAAGUUUUGAAGGUGUAUCCAUGGAAACAUUGGUCCUCUGUGCUGACCUGCGUUCUGGGUGGUGUGCAAACUUUCGCCGUCGGAAUAAUUGUGAGCAGGCAUAAACUUGCCUGGCAAAUAGGAUGGAACAUUCAACUACUAACCAUUGUCUACUCAGCCGCACUUGGCACAGCAGCCAAGUAUUGGCUGAACCUAUAUGCUGUUGAAAAGCGGGGGCCAGUUUUUCCAGCCAUGUUCAGCACCUUAUCGACGAUCUUCAUCAUUGUUUUAGGAACACUGUUGCUAGGCGAAAGCCUCACUGUUGGGAGCUUGUUGGGUAGUGCUUUAGUUUUAGGAGGUCUAUACAUAUACCUCUAUGGAAAGGCCAAUGAACAACACGCGAUGAAGGCAUCGGUUACAGGGAUGCAAAAAGAGGAGGACAAAGAGAUUCAGCAGUCCGGUGUGGCCGCGACGACUGAGGAGAGGCCACACCCUGUGCUGUUAGAGAGCUCCGUUAUCCAGCUGGAUGAGGAGCUGGACGCAGGGGUCUCCAAGUGA